AUGUCUUCGAGAAUCGAGAACCCCUGGGACGACAUCCACCAGCUGAAGCAUCGGUGGAUCACUGGUUUGAAGCUGCUUUUGGAUUCUUCGAUCAAUACUUCGGAGCUCGAGCAGAAACUAGACGACCUUCAACGAGACGGUUUCAUCCACGCCCAAGACGAUGCUUUUACGGACUAUCUCGUGCAGUCGCUUACUCGAGUGCGGGAGAAGAAAUUUGACGAAGGAUUUGUACAUCCAGAGUUCGUCAUUUGUGCCCCCAUUGCCUGGAGCGUGAAGUCGUAUCAUCGAUGGUACAGCUCCUUUGUGUCAGCUAUCCGUAUAGUGUGGCCCGAACACGACGCGCAAACGCCGCCUCGAAUCACAACGGCGUCUGAACCGGAGGCUGCAGCUUCUUACUGUCUUUCAAACUGGGGCGGCGAUUUCGAAGUGGACGAUUGCGUACUCAAUGUGGACGCUGGAGGUGGAACCAUCCAAUUAACCACGCUCAAGAAGACGCGUCAGAGUCCAGACCGCUGGGAGCUUGUCUGCGAAAUGAGUUGUAAAACGUGUGGAGGCGAAUCUUGGAACAACAACGUAAGAAGAAUACUGGAGAGAAAGUUUGCACGCCUCGAAGAAGAAGGAGUCCUUGGUCAACUUCUUCAAAGCAAUGAUUCCGUCUCCAACAUCAUCGAAAGUGCAGUGCAGUUCUUCGAGAGCGACAUCAAAAGAUCCUGUCCAGACUUGACGACGAGAGACACAGACCCAAACGAACGACCACCCGGAUUUCGCAUCUAUGGUCUGCAGCCAGAUCAAGCAAGGAAUUUUGAGAGGAACGAGCUCUUUCUGACACCAGAAGAAUACGAUGAAGUCGUGGGAGACUCUCUAACCGGCCUCGAUGCGCUCUUCCACGAACAGUACCAGCAUAUUGAAGCCAAAGGAGGGACAGUCUCAUGCGUCACCUGGACUGGCCAGUUCUCGGAUAGCAUGUUGCUUCGUGACAGAGGAAAGGAGUGUACCCAAAAUUGGCCUCAUCCCCCAAAACACAUUCAUGACAAGGCGAUCUCGAGCUUUGCAGUGGCUGGUGGCGCAGGUAUUCGAGCCCUGAAUGUGGACAUGUUCCCUCCGAGCCGGCUCCUCCGCGCGAGUUUCGCCGUUACGCGAACUGUUCCCAAACAAUGGGGCUCGGCGCAGGUCACUCUGGAAUAUCCUAAGCUUGCACAUCUUGGCGGAUUAUCCGCCAAACGUGGCCUAGAUGGGAAGUUCUAUUACUUCAAUCUCUUGCAUUACUUCGCACAAAAAGGGGAAGAGUUUUCACCGGAUCAGGAAUUCUUCAUCACCUCAAAGCAUGUUUUUCAUGCAUCAGAUGAAUGGAUCGCCAGAGAGUCUAUCUGGUACACGGAGAAUGGUCCAAAGGAGUCGUGGCAUGCGGUUGACGGGGAUGAAAAUGCAGGCGUAGCAGAACUGGGUGUUAUCGAGUACGACAUGAACGCUCUUAAAGGGAAGAUUGGAACAGAACAGCUACCUGGCUGUAAGAGGAAAGGCGAGAAGGUCUACGAGAUCACUCUGCGAGUUGGGAUAGAGAUGCUGGAGGACUAUCGCCAUACCCUCCGCGUUCAGGCCAGGUGGGCACCGGAGCUUAACGACGACGACAACGACUCUUCAGAGAGACUCGAAGGUGACGACGUCAUGGACAUGCAUGGGCAGGAUUUCAACAUCUCGGCGGCGUUCGAGUUGUCGGCUAUUUGA